AUGGAGCCGGCGAAGCGGGCGACGUCGACUCUGAUCAGCAACCUCGGCGCGCUGCUGCGGGACCAGGGCGACCUGGACGGCGCGGAGGCGCUUUAUCGCGAGGCGCUGGAGGGGCACCGAGAGACGCUCGGCGACCGGCACCCGAACACGCUCACCUUGAUCAACAACCUCGGCUUGCUGCUGAAGGCCAAGGGCGACCUGGACGGCGCGGAGCCGCUGUAUCGCGAGGCGCUGGAGGCGAGGCGAGAGACGCUCGGCGACCGGCACCCGAGCACGCUCACCUCGAUCGGCAACCUCGGCUCGCUGCUGAAGGCUAAGGGCGACCUGGACGGCGCGGAGGCGCUGUUCCGCGAGGCGCUGGAGGGGCGGCGAGAGACGCUCGGCGACCGGCACCCGAGCACGCUCACCUCGAUCAACUCCCUCGGCGUGCUGCUGAAGGCCAAGGGCGACCUGGACGGCGCGGAGGCGCUGUACCGCGAGGCGCUGGAGGCAAAGCGAGAGACGCUCGGCGACCGGCAUCCGAGCACGCUCAUCUCGAUCGGCAACCUCGGCUCGCUGCUGCAGGACCAGGGCGACCUGGACGGCGCGGAGGCGCUGUAUCGCGAGGACCUGCAGGCGAGCCGAGAGACGCUCGGCGACCGGCACCCGAGCACGCUCAUCUCGAUCAACAACCUCGGCGGGCUGCUGGAGGCCCAGGGCGACCUGGACGGCGCGGAGGCGCUGUUCCGCGAGGCGCUGGAGGCAAAGCGAGAGACGCUCGGCGACCGGCAUCCGAGUACGCUCACUUCGAUCAACAACCUCGGCUCGCUGCUGAAGGCCAAGGGCGACCUGGACGGCGCGGAGCCGAUGUUCCGCGAGGACCUGGCGGCGAGCCGAGAGACGCUUGGCGACCGGCACCCGAGCACGCUCACUUCGAUCGGCAACCUCAGCGUGCUGCUGGAGGCCAAGGGCGACCUGGACGGCGCAGAGGCGCUGAAGCGCGAGGCGCUGGAGGGAAGGCGAGAGACGCUCGGCGACCGGCACCCGAGUACGCUCACCUCGAUCUACAACCUCGGUUCGCUGCUGCAAAAGCAGGGCAGGCUCGGGGACGCCAUCCCUCUCUUCUGGGAGGAGCUGGAGGGGUUCGCUGCGCGGUACGGGAAGGGGCAUAAAGAGACGAGGAGCUCGGCCCGCAACCUUGUCGAGGUGCUGACGGAGGCGGGGCGACAGCGCAAGGCUGGCGAGAUCGCAGCCGCGUAUGGCGUCUGA